AUGAGCGAUAGUGAUGAUGAAACAUCUUCAUAUCGUUCUGGUUUCGUCACUCCGCCUCUGUCACCCUCGAAGACGGUCGACACCGAGGGCUGGUUCUCACCUAGAACUCCAGGGUCUCCUCGCAAGAUCCGCAGCUGUUUACUCUCUCGCAAUAUCUGUGCCGAUGAACAAUCUCCUUUCUUCACUCCUCCGGCUUCUCCUACGAAGUCAAAGUCUACUUUCCAUCUUGGCGCUCUUACCGUUCCAGAGCUGCCUCGUACUACGGAUAGAUCAAUCCCGAUAACUGCUGACAAUGAUUCACCUACCAAGCGGUGCACACGCUCCUAUAUCAGCCGAUCGUCAUCGCCUAGCUCUUCGACGUCCGCUCGUAUGAACUCUCUUUCAUCGCCCAGUUCAAUCCUACAUCCCCACGAGAACUCUGAAGUCUUCAGCGUAGCAGACCCUGUUGCUCCGAACACAGAACGAUGGCUAGAACCAAUACGCAGAACCUCAUAUCGGACCGUAUCAGAUAGCAUUACGGCGGAGGCGACUAGACCAUGCUCGUUCAAUCAUGAUCAAGACGUGGUCAUUCCGUCCCUGCAAAGUCAAGCACCGCAUAUUACAAUCAAAGACAUCACGGACAAACAGAGCCUGUCCAUGACAAAUCUACGUCGUUUGCCUCAUCGCUCGUCAAGCUCACCUUUGAGACCAAGUCAAUGGGCAAUACGUGGUGGCCUGUCGCAAUCGCCUCGCAGAGGUCAAGCAUUCACGCCGGACCGCUACAUUGCAUGUCGUCGUCCGCCCGCUGUUACGCGCGAAAGCUUCGAAUUGAACAAGCCCGACCAGCGUAGGGAGGCGGACCAAGCGGAUCGUGGUAGCCGACCAACUGUGGAUCCUUUCAGUCGAAGACUGCGUAGGAGCGGACGUUUGAACGACGAGCUGAAUGGCCUCAGAGAAGCACACUCUCUUCUCAACCGAAGAGUCAGUGCACGGCGGAGGAACACUAGUCUACUCCAAAGGCGCAAUUUUCAAACGACUGGCGCCCGCCAAAUUAGCGCUGGUGCUGUCUGGAACGUAGGAGGGCCAUCUGCUGUAAGCGACACGGUAACUGCAGUUUCGACUGGCAGAAACGGCGUGUUAGGGAGCGGUACCAACGCGCCACUCUAUACAUCCACCUUCCUCAACCGUGCAGAUCCUGAGGCCGAACUCGCAGCGUACGAGCGCCGUCUUGCCCUAGCACUUGACGUCGACCAGACGGACCGCAUCUUACAACACUCCCCGUUGCCCACUGCAAUGUGCAAGUCCAUGCAAAAUGAAAUGGCAAAACAUGCUAAACCUGCCUGGCGUGAUGGUGCUUGGAUCAAGGAUGUGCUAGAUGCUCCUCAGCUACGAGACGAUUAUUACUGCACCUUGCUUGCCUAUUCCACUACUGCCAAAUGUCUCGCUGUUGGUCUAGGGAAUUUUGUGCACCUGUGGUCUGAAAGAUCCGGCGUAGAUACUCCCCAGUCUCUCAAUGCCAUUCCAACAGGGUCUGUUCUAGAUGUACGGCAUGUCACAUCACUGGACUUCUCUUCUGCACAGGGUGGUCAAGCCAUUCUCGCUGUUGGGCGAGCUGACGGUCGAAUAACUCUCUGGAGUCCAUUUGAUUCUGAACCACGCUUCGAUGCUAUUCAGCCGAAACCAGUAUCAUGUGUCUCGUGGCGACCCACAACCAUUCAACGUCCGUCACUUCGUGAUCGGGCAAUGACCGUGACCACAGAAGAGCUGAUCAUCGGGGAUGAGGUCGGACAUAUUUACUUUUACAGCAUUGAAUGGCCGUCCGAGGACCAGAGUGCCCUGUUUGGCUGGCAUGGUGCAAUGACACUACUUGCACGCAUGGUCAUCCACACUCAGCAAAUCUGCGGACUUGCUUGGGCUGCCGACGGCGAGUUGUUCGCCAGUGGUGGCAACGACAACAACUGUUUCCUUUUUGAAACUAAAAAAGUAUUGCGUGUCGAAAGCAAUAGCGGGAAUCCACCAGUCGACCUCGAUGUGCGCCAAGGUCCAAGUGGUGAAGCCAUCUAUACCGUCGCCGAUCGUUCUGGCCCUGUCCUUCACUUGCAACACACGACCGCACGGCACACGUGGACCCUCAACGCAGCUGUCAAGGCCAUGGCAUUCUGCCCGUGGCAGCGCGGGUUACUUGCUGUCGGAGGCGGGUCAAACGACCGGUGUAUCCACUUCUAUCACACAAGAUCCGGCACCUGUCUCGCGACCAUUGACUGUGCUGCCCAAGUCACAAGUCUCGUGUGGUCUCAAACACGACGCGAGAUUGCAGCGACUUUCGGAUUCGCACAGCCCGAGCAUCCAUAUCGUAUCGCCGUUUUCGCUUGGCCGAGCUGCGAGCAAGUCGUCUCGGUGCCGUGGUGGGACGAGAAUCGAGCCUUGUGCGCGGUGGCAUAUCCUGGCGGUCCGACGAGUCCACCUACAAAUGACGAUGGUCGAGAUGGUAGUACGGCGAGGAGGGAAGAAGGAUGUAUCGUGGUUGCGGCGAGCGACAUGGCGAUCCGCUUCCAUGAGAUCUGGGGUGACAAGCGAGGCAACGCUGGCGUAGCAGGAAUUAAGGUGGGGAAUCAGGGAAGGUAG